AAGUUUCACCGUCACUGCGAGGCACUCAGUCUCUCUGUGUAUGACGAAACCGUUGUCACUGUGUUGUUCGUGGCUGUUACCAUGUUCCCCAGGGUGAUUCUGAAGGGAACUAUGAUCAAAAAAUCUCAACAAAAGAAAAAAACAUCACCGUCUAACUACAAGGAAAGAUUUUUUGUGUUGGACACCCAAGACCUGAAGUAUUCUGAGCGUCGUCCCGGGAAAAAGCCCAUGCAGAAAGGUUGCAUCGAACUGUCCAAAAUUAAGUGUGUGGAGAGUGUGUGCUGUGAUGUUCCCAUUCCAUGCACCUAUAAGUAUCCUUUUCAGGUUUUUCAUGGCAACCAUUACCUCUACAUUUUUGCCCCUGACAAUGAUUGCCGACAGAAAUGGGUGAGAGCUCUCAAAGAGGAGACAAAGAACAACAAUUUGGUUGCAAAGUUUCACCCAAACUUCUAUAUGGAUGGAAAAUGGAGGUGUUGCCAACAAACAGAGAAACUGGCAUCGGGCUGUCAUGUGUAUGACCCAGUGGGCUACGCUUCGAAAAAGCCGCUUCCUCAACUCCCAGAUCCACAGUGGGGACUGCAGGAUUCUGGACAGCAGUUCGUCAUCGCUCUGCAAGACUACACACCGCUGGGAGACAAUGACCUGCCUCUUGAGAAGGAUCAGGAGUACGCCCUGGUCAAUAACUCCCACCCUGACUGGUGGACGGUACAAGACGACAGAGGGAACAUCGGUUUUGUUCCCAGUACGUUCGUAGCUGAAAAGUCUGGCAGCAACUUUGAGAGAUUUGAAUGGUACAACAAAAACAUUAACAGAGGAGAGGCAGAGGAUUUGUUAAUGAAAGAGGGAAAGGAAGGUGCAUUUAUGGUGCGAGACUCAAGGCAGGUGGGAGUCUACACGGUGUCGGUGUUUACCAAAGCUCCAGGGUCUAAUGGGGAGAAGAAUCCAAGAGUGAAACAUUACCAAAUCAGACAGACAGAAACAGGCCAGGCUUCAUUUUACUUGGCGGAGAAGUACCUGUUUAGCACCAUUCCAGAGCUAAUUCAUUACCAUCAACACAACGCUGCCGGUCUGAUAACGCGUCUCAGACACCCCGUUUCUCAAGGUGGAUGCUGCUCCAGUGAAAUUGCUGACCCCUUAAAAGAUCAGUGGGAAGUGGACCCCGAGGAGCUGACGCUGGGUCGGGAGCUGGGCAGCGGUCAGUUUGGGCUGGUGCUGGAGGGCAGGUGGAGGGACAGGAAGGUGGCGGUGAAGAUGACGAGAGAAGAGUGCAUGUCGGACGAGGACUUCAAAGAAGAAGCACGGGUUAUGAUGAGGCUGUCUCACUGUAAGCUCGUACAGCUCUACGGUGUCUGCACCCAGCGCUCGCCCAUGUGUGUGCUGUUUGAGUUCAUGGACAACGGCUGCCUGUCAGACUACCUGCGGGCCAGGAAGGGCCGUCUGUCUCAGGAUACCAUGCUGGGGAUGUGUCUGGAUGUCAGCGAAGGGAUGGCUUACCUGGAGAGCUCCAACUUCAUCCACAGAGAUCUGGCUGCCAGGAACUGUCUUGUCGCAAAGAACAAUGAGGUGAAGGUGUCGGAUUUUGGCAUGGCCAGGUUUCUUCUUGAUGAUCAGUACACGAGCUCUCAGUGCUCCAAGUUCCCUGUCAAGUGGUCGGCCCCGGAGGUCAUCAAAUACAACAAGUUCAGCAGCAAGUCUGACGUCUGGUCGUUCGGUGUGCUCAUGUGGGAGGUGUACAACGAGGGCCGCCUCCCCUACGAGAACCGCACCAACACGGAGGUGGUGGAGUCCCUGAACGCAGGCCUGAGGCUCCUGAAGCCACGCUUGGCUCCAGAC